UCUAUUCUUGCCGUUCUUCAAAUGUUCAUCAGAAGACUGAUGGUUUGAAAACAAUUUUAAAAGAAAAAACAUUCCCUGAUAAUAAAGAUGUCCUUGACUCUGGUGCCCUCUCAGCCUUCAGAGUGCCCCCAUCCAGUCCCAUGAAUGUGGUGGCUCUCUGCCACCAGAUCCAGUUAGCAGUGAGGCUGGAUGCAUGCCCCCAGUAUGCACACAAAGACAUACAGGAAGACACACACACAGAGGACCCCACAUAUCAGCACAGACAGCAUGGUGUCUUUAUAAACCCCCAUGUAUCAAGCUGCAUGGACACCACCAAAAUGGAUAGUCCUAUCUUCCUCUCCUGUGCCAGACUGGAAUUGAAGCUCAUUAGUGGGACAUGCAUACAUCUUCACUUUCUACUUUUCCAGGCACACUCACAUUCACAGAUCCUAAUCCCAUCUAAUAGCCUGCCGUGAUAUCCUGGCUCAUCACGAAGUCACCAAUUCAGGCUUUGGGUUUUUCUAGAUUUUGGUGUUUUCCUAUUAUGAAUAUAGGUCUAGCAGGCAUGUAUACAAAUGUGUACACAUGCAGAGACUAAAGUGUCAUACAGAAAAAAGAAGUAGGAUCUAAUAGGAAGACAGCUCAAAUGACAGUGACCAAGUGACUAGGCAACAGCUGAUCAGCUGCUUGUUUAUGUGACCACAUUUAUUCCCCUUUAGUCCAUCUUCCCACACUUACUUCCCUUGACUGAUAUGUCUCAAUUCCUGUUUUCCCAUCUUAGUCUCAUCCCAAAAGCAUCCCAUAAUGCUUUUUCAUGCCUUCUGGCAUGUCAGCCACUCCUCCUAGUUCUGUGUCAUCAGCAAGCCUGCUAACAGUGCACUCUACUCCCUCAUCCAAGUCACUGAUGAAUAUAUUGAAUAGUACUGGUCCCAGUACCGACCCUUGAGGGACUCCAUUAGACACAGGCCUCCAACUAGACUCACUCUGUCCCACUGACCACAACUCUCUGGCUUCUUUCCUUCAGUUGGUUCACAAUCCACCUUACUACUUGAUUGUUCCAGAUUAUGCUUCCUCAGUUUAGCUGUGGCGAUGCUGUGGGAGAUGGUGUCAAAUGCUCUACUAAAAUCAAGAUAGACCACAUCCACUUCUUUAUCAUCAUCUAUCCACCUGGUUUCAUCUUCAUAAAAAGCUAUCAGGUUGGUCAAGCAUGACUUCCCCUUGCUGAAGCCAUGUUAACUACCCUUAAUGACUCUCUUAUCCUUGAUAUGCCUAGAGGCAGUGCCAAUGAUAAGUUUUUCCAUCGCCUUUCCAGGUGAGGCUGAUCUGUCUCUAGUUACUCAGGUCCUCCUUCUUGUCCUUUCUUGAGUGAUGUUUGUUUUCUUCUAGUCCUCAGGCACCUCAACUUACCAAAGUUGUGUUCCCCACAACUUACCAAAGAUAAUGGUGAGUGGUCUAGCAAUGACUUCUGCCAGCACCUACGGGUGUAUCCCAUCAGGACCCAUGGAUUUAUGGAUGUCCAGAUUGUUUAAUUGUUCCUUGACCCAGUCCUUAUCAACUGAGGCAAACUCCUCCUUGAUCCUGACUUCCUCAGGACAGCCUCCAGCAGUAUAGGCAGAGACAGAGAAGGCACUCAAUAACUCCCCCUUCUCCGCAUCUUCUGUCACCAGGGUAGUUGUGUGUUUGUGUGUGUGUGUGUGUGUGUCUGCAUGCAAGCACAUGUGCACACCUGUUUGUAUGAGUGCAUGUGCCCAGUGGCAGCAAGGCUCAGACUUGCUCCUAGCUGCCCAGGGCCAUGCAGCCUCUUAAUGACAGCAUCUGUGCCAUCCAGAUACAGGCUGUCAGAAUGCCACCUCUAUCUGCCUCCUUCCUUCUGGGACCCAGCCACCAGUCAAAAGGACAGAGGAGAACACUCCUGGUGCUCCUGAUACCUUUAGCAUCUUUCCAAGGGAUGCAAAGUCCCUCUCUGAUGUUCUGCCAUUUCCUCAUGCCAGCCUCCCAUGACCCUACUGGAAUGACAACAAGUGGAUGGUGGUCUUCUUGUUUGAUCUGAUGUGGUGGAGUCUCCUUAAUGUCUCUGACAUGUGCCCCUGGAAGACAGCAAAGCUGUCUGGAGAGGUUGCCUGGGCAGCAGAUGGGGGCCUCAGUGCCUCCUGGCAUGGAGUCCCCAGUCACUAAGACAGUACUGGGCAAAGGUGCCCAGCAGCUGCUCCCUGGCAGGUUCUCUCCCUCACCUGCUGAGGUAAUUCCCCACUUAGGCACGGAACCAGAACCCUGGAGCCAAGUGCAUCACAAAAACAUGCUGUGUUCUGGGGCCUGCAAGGUUGCCCUGGAUGUUGUCUCCAGGCAGCCUGGAGCACAUCAUUCUCUGUGAGGUGACACUCUGCAGUAAGAUGUCACAGUGGCUACCUCAUAUGCCCUUGUGGCAGCGGUGGGAGCAGUAGCUCAGUCCGCUUGUGGGACGUGCAGGAAGUGAACCCAGAGAGAGCGUUGUGUCUAUCUGGAGACAUCCUGCUGAGAUGGAGCGGCUGAGAGCCCUUCGAGGACUCUUCGCCUGUGUGGGCUGCAUGCCCAGAUGUACACGUCGCAGGGAGAGAGGCAGGGUGGAAAGCCCUGUCCCUGUCUGUGCCGUGACUUUGCUGCUGCAGCACCUGCAAGACCAGGAGGGUGACCGAGCGCAGGCGUACUGCGAGCUGGAGCACGUCCUGUGGGGAGGUGACAGCCGCCCGCCCUGCGGAGUGGUGAACCAGCUGCUGGCAGAGGUGUCCCAGGACCUGACAGCAGCCCAGGGCGUGACGGACAGCGUGAGGACAGCUGCCAGCAAUGUCCUGGUGGCGCUGGCUCGGACACAUUUCACCUUGGUGAUGGCUGAGCUCCAGGGCCACCUGAAGGCCACACGGGAGAUGUCCAAGGAGUUUGUUCUGAUCACCAUGAGCAAACUCUUCAGCAUCUAUGCUCCACAGUGCAUCUCCUUUGUGUGGCUGACGCUGGCUGGCCUGCGCAGUCUGGUGGGCCAGGUGAGGAGUGGCCAAACUCUGCACAUCGCUUGUGCUGGUGAGUGCUGGCCCCAGAGCAGGGGGGAUGAGGACAGCCUUUGCACCCUGCCCUGCGGCAGACUCUCAGUGCCCACCUGGCCCUCUGCCAGCAGGUCAGGCUGCUGCCACAUCUCAGCUUCUUCUUCCCCUCCCGUGCAGUCUUUCCUAUACAAGGCUCUGGGCACAGUGCUGGGAGUUUGUAAAGAAGUCCUCCACAUCCAAGAGAAGCUGCUGCAGCACCUGGAGGAAGCAAAUGCAGAGGAGCCAUCUGAGGCCCAGGGAAUGAUCUCUCUUCUCAGCCAUGCUGCUGAGAGCAACUUCCACACAGUCCUGGACACCCUUACCAUGUUUGCGUCCAGGCUGUGUAAAGGCCGGAAUGGAAGGAUUUCCAGGCACAAGAAGGUGGAGCUGAACAGCACGAGAGCUCAGGCCACACGCAGCGCUCUCAUCCUCGCCCAUGGCAGCUUGGCACUGCGAGCCUCCAAGGAACAGCUGCUUGCCCGCCUGGAGGGAGACAUCGUGGGCAACAUCCUGCUGCUGUACAGCUGCAGCCGCCAGGACUUGCAGAACAAGCUUGCGCUGGUGCAGAGCAUCACUGACUUCAGCUCUGCGGUCCAUGCUGUGGGUGGCUCCGCCUUCUUUAAUCCCUCCUUGAAGGGCAAGCUGCUGGAGAUCCUGAUGGACUUGCUGAAGAAGUAUUACAUGGGCACCCCUGUAUCUCCAGUGCCCCUGAAGGUGGUUCUGGCCCUGGAGCAGUUGAGCAAGCUGAAGCCCUCUAGAGGAAGCAAGGACAUGAGUGAAAUGUUGACUCUGUGCUGCAAAAACAUUGUGACGCACCCUUCAGCCAAGAUGAUGCUGAAGAUCAGGAAGUCACAGCAAGCAGCACAGUACCUACAGCUUCUGCAAACAUCACUGAAAUCUCUGGGCCGGCUCAUGGUAGUCCUGCUGGAGACAGAGCCCAUCAGCGGCUUCUUCCAGAAUAUAGUCCAUGUCCUGCAGAAAUCAUUGACAUCAGACGACAUGUGGGAGCGCAAGAGGGCCCUGCAGACCUGCUCCCAGCUGCUGGCUGCUUGUGAAGAGCUUCAAAGAGGAGAUGCCUGCGAGCACUUUGGCUCCUUGGUGGGAUUGCUGGCACCUCUUACGUGUGACCCGAUGCCCACAUCCCGCCAGCUGGCUGUCACCUGUCUGGGCUCCCUCCUCCGAAUCCAAGCCAAAGCAACCAACGAAGUCAUCGAGACAGGAGACAUCGGGAGCCUGUGUGAGGGGCUGACUGAAUGCAGCACCAUCUCCCAGCUCCGGACCUCAUCCAAAAUCGCAAGGAUCGUGUGCAGAAACUUCCCCCUAGAACGCACCAUUGACUUUAUGUUGGCCAUCAAGGAGACCAUCCGACGAGCCAAAGGAAUGCGCGUGCGUGCUGCUGGGAAGUGGAUGACCACCUUUCUACAGAUGUACAGGAAGGACAUCUGUCGAGACGUGCUGAUGAUCCUCUACAUUCUGCGCAGCUGCGCAUCGUCCAUGAAGCAGAGCACGUUCAUGCCCUUCCUGUGCCAGGCAGUGGUCAUCCUCACCUGCUGUCACACAGAGGUCAUGAUUGACAACUUUUCCCGGCUGCCUAAGGCCACAGACAGUGAGAUCUGGAGAAAAAUAAGGGAGUUUUGUCUUCAACGGUGGGGGCAGUAGAAGAGGAGAGAAGAGAGAAGAGAGGAGAAGAGAGGAGAGGAGAAGAGAGGAGAGGA